AUGGCGGAAGAUGAUAAGUUUGUGAAAGAUGGAACGGUGGAUUACAAAAACAAUCUAGCAAUCAAAAAGCAAACUGGAACUUGGAGAGCUUGCCCCUACAUCCUUGGAAAUGAAUGUUGUGAGAGGCUGGCAUAUUAUGGGAUUAACACAAAUCUAGUGAAUUAUCUGAAAUAUCAGAUGAAUGAGAGUAGUGUUGUGGCAAUUAAUAAUGUGACAAAUUGGUCAGGGACAUGCUAUGUUACACCAUUACUAGGUGCAUUUCUAGCUGAUGCUUAUUUGGGAAGAUUUUGGACUAUUGCUGCCUUCUCAAUUAUCUAUGUCUUUGGGAUGACAGUACUAACAUUAUCAUCAUCAGUACAUGGACUAAAACCACCUUGUGAUGACAACAAUUCUUGUCACCCUAAAGGGAUACAAAUUGGAAUUUUCUACUUAGGUCUUUACCUAAUAGCACUUGGUACUGGUGGAAUAAAACCUUGUGUUUCAUCAUUUGGAGCAGAUCAAUUUGAUGAUUCUGAUGAAACGGAGAAGAAAAAAAAGAGUUCAUUUUUCAAUUGGUUCUAUUUUUCUAUCAACAUUGGUGCACUUGUUGCUUCAACUAUUCUUGUUUGGAUACAAACAAAUGUUGGAUGGGGUUGGGGAUUUGGUAUCCCUGCUGUUGCUAUGGCUAUUGCUGUUGUGAGUUUUUUUUCAGGAACAAAACUUUAUAGGAAUCAAAAACCUGGUGGAAGUCCACUUACAAGGAUUUUUCAAGUUAUUGUUGCAUCAUUUAGGAAAAUUAAAGUGAAGAUUCCUAGAGAUAGUUCUGUUUUGUUUGAAACUAAUGAUGAAGAAUCUGUUGUACAAGGUAGCAGGAAACUUGAUCAUACUGAACAAUUGAGUUUCUUUGAUAAGGCAGCAGUGGAGACACAAUCAGAUAGAAUCAAAGGGUUAAUCAAUCCAUGGAGCCUUUGCACUGUGACACAAGUUGAAGAAUUGAAAUCAAUCGUAAGGUUGUUGCCUAUAUGGGCAACUGGUAUAAUCUUUAGCAGUGUUUAUAGUCAAAUGGGAACCUUAUUUGUUCUCCAGGGAAACACAAUGGAUCUUCAUAUGACCAAAUCCUUUGAAAUCCCUUCAGCCUCCUUAUCCCUUUUCGACACGGUAAGUGUCAUUUUUUGGGUACCUGUCUAUGACCGUGUGAUUGUUCCGUUGGCUAGAAGAAUCACCGGUCAUAGGAAUGGUUUCACUCAGCUACAAAGGAUAGCAAUUGGACUCGUAAUCUCAAUUUUCGCAAUGUUGAUUGCUGGAACAUUGGAAUUGGUAAGAUUGAGCAGUGUAAGACAACAUAAUUACUAUGAAAUGAAACAUAUCCCUAUGUCAAUUUUUUGGCAAGUUCCUCAAUAUUUUGUCAUAGGUUGUGCUGAGGUUUUUACAUUCAUUGGACAAUUGGAAUUCUUCUAUGAACAAGCUCCUGAUGCCAUGAGAAGUUUAUGUUCUGCUCUUUCACUUAUAACGACCGCGCUCGGAAACUAUCUGAGUACAUUUUUGGUCAAUAUUGUUACAGACAUGAGUACUAGGCAUGGUGGUCCUGGUUGGAUUCCUGAUAACUUGAACUAUGGUCAUCUACAUUAUUUCUUCUGGCUUUUGGCUGUCUUAAGUGUGAUCAAUUUUGGAUUUUUUCUCUUUGUUGCAAAAUUUUAUACUUAUAAGAAGGCAAUUGGUCCAUCCUCAUAA